AUGGAGGUUAUGAAGCCCAGGUUCAAAGUGGGCCUACUGAAAAAGCGUCGCUCCAGUCUUUUUGCGACCAUAAAACGGGAUAAGAGUUUUUCCCAAAGCACUGAAGAACAGGAGUGUGAAUUCCCCUUCUCACAGGACAGCUCUGUGAAACCAUGGACAUCUAUGGACAACCUAGACGCUCCUGAUGUCAAAAAACGUGCAACAAAAGAUCAGAGCAAAGACGCACCGAACCCCAGGAAAUCAAACAUUGUCAAACUCAACGUGGGUGGAAAAUUAUUUCACAUCCCAAAGCAUUUGGUCCUCCGAUACCCUAAAACCAGGAUUGGAGUCCUUGCACUCUGUGAUGAUCCUGUGAAACGUCUGACACUCUGUGAUGAUUACAAUGUUCGGAACGAUGAGUUCUUUUUUGACAGGGACCCCAUGUUUUUCCACUACAUCUUCCACUUUUAUUGUAGUAAUGUCCUAUGGGUGAUGGAUAGUCUCUGCCCUGUUAGUUUUGAGGAAGAGAUGUCAUUCUGGGGGUUGAGACUGAAGGACACGCCAAGGUGCUGCCGCAUUCUGUUUGAGGAGAAACUGGAUGACAUCAGAGACCAACUAAAGGUCAACCAGGAGCUGAUCGAUGAGAUAAAGCCUCACCAAGAUGAAGAGGGUUACGAGAAGAUGUUUCUUGGAGGCUUUCGGAAGAUCCUCUGGGACUUGAUGGAGAAUCCUUACUCCUCGCUGUCAGCCAAAGCCUUUGCAGUGUUUUCCAGUCUCUUUGUGCUUAUCUCUAUUGUUGCCAUGACAAUGAAUACAGUAAAGGAACUCAGGGAGUACAAACUUGCUGGCAGAACCUACAUGGAGUGGAUAGAAAUUAGUUCCAUUAUUUUUUUCGCCUUGGAGUACUUUUUGCGGUUACUCACCACAUCUAACAUCAAGCAUUUUUUGAAGAGUGCCCUCAAUUUUGUUGAUGUAGUGGCUGUUAUGCCCUACUUCCUCCAGAUCCUUUUUGAGGCAUUUGUAAUGGAUUCAGAAGACGUCAGUGCAAAGGAAGAUUUGAAGACCAUGGCAAGGGUCAGUAAAGUCAGCAAAGUGCUGAAGGUCGUCAAGUUGAUGCGCAUCUUCCGUAUCUUGAAGCUUGCCCGUCACUCUACAGGCAUGAGAGCAUUUGGUUUCACCAUCCGACAGUGCUCUGAGCAGGUGUGCUGUCUGUUUUUGUUCAUUGCCAUGGGCAUCUUCACCUUCUCUGCUCUGAUGCACUCUGUGGAGGUGGAUCAGCCUGGGACACCAUUCAGCAGCAUACCAGAUGCUUGGUGGUGGGCUGCG